AUGGACUUGGACCUAGCAUUGCUUACUGAAAAACCUGAGGAAAUAACGGAUGCUAACAGUGAGGAAGAAGUUAGCCUAAUUGAAGCCUGGACCAAGUCCAAUAGGCUGAGUCUUAUGCUUAUUAGAAUGACCGUUGCUAAUAACAUUAAGACUUCCCUUCCCGAGGUUGACAAUGCUAUGGAACUGUUAACGGCCAUUAAAGAACGCUUUAAAUCAGCGGACAAGUCAUUAGCAGGGACACUCAUGGCUGAAUUGACUACCAUGAAAUAUGGUGGUGAUAAGGGAAUUCAGGAACACAUCCUGAAUAUGACUGAUAAGGCUGUCAAACUUGGAGCUCUUGGCAUGAAAGUGGAAGAGUCAUUCCUUGUGCAAUUUAUCCUUAACUCACUUCCAUGA